UGAUCUAACCUCGAAAACGCCAGGAUGCGCAGAGACACGGAGACCGCCGUCGAGAAUGAUGAGUUGAGUGCUCGUGAUUGUUCAACGAUAUAAAUUUUUAGGUUACUGACUGUUUACGUGAGUGCACGUUUAAUUCACGUGAUGGGAAGUAGGAAUAAGUCCUGCCAGCACAAAGAUGUGUUUGAACGAAUGAAUUUCUUGUAUCAGGCUAGUCGUCUGAUGGUGUUGAAAAAUAGGUCUGUGGCAUCUUACUACGGCAAUAAUAUGAUAGGAUGCGCAAAAAAAGCAGUAUUACGUAUAGAACCAGAUUUGAAGAGAACCAUGUGUAAGCGCUGUCAGACUCCACUUAUACCUGGAGAGACGGCGAGGGUCAGGUUAACGUCGAAGCCGGUAAAAUGUGUCAAGUGGACAUGCCUUACUUGCACGAAUGCUAAACGGUUUCCCACGAAGAAAGGAUACAAACUGUGGCUCGAUCAGCCGGAGGCAGUGAUUGAAAUGUUAGAUUACACGCCGCAGUCAAAGAAGAAUACUCAGAAAUCCGAUGCGCAGGAAAAGGUUGCGAACAUCGACGAGGAAGCGAAGGAGUAAGGUAAAACUUAAAGAGUCACUUUGGUAACCGUUGGUUGUCUCGAGGAAUCAGUGUACAGAGCGAGCGGAGAGAUUUGGUGUACGAAUAUUUUUUAUUAAUGACUUACAUAAAAUAUGUUACAAUAUUACAAUAAAUUUAUAAUCAAUAAACAGAUAUUUUGCUAAC